GCCGGUCCAUCUCCGCCAUGCCUCCGCUGAGCAGACCCUGCCUCUUCCUCCUCCUCCUGCUGCCCAUCUUCCUGAGCCGGGCAAACACGGCAGAGACGCCGGGAUGCAAGAUCCGGAUCACCGCCAAGGGCCUGGAGCUGGUGAAGCAGGAGGGCCUGCGCUUUGUGGAGCAAGAGCUGGAGAACAUCACCAUCCCGGACCUUCACGGCAAAGAAGGCCAGUUCCACUACAACAUCAGCAACGUGAGGGUGACCCACCUGGACCUGCCCUUCUCGGACCUGCGCUUCCAGACCAAGCAGCACCUGGCCUUCGACAUCCGCAACGCCUCCAUCGCCCUCCGCUUCCGCCGGCAGAUCCUCUACUGGUUCUUCUAUGACAUUGGCUCCAUCAACGCCUCGGCCGAGGGCGUCCACAUCCACACGGCGCUGGAGCUCUCCAAGGACAGCAGCGGGCGCCUCAAGAUCUCCAACAGCAGCUGCAGCGCCUCCAUCGCACGCAUGAACGCCGGCUUCACCGGGACCCUCAGGAAAGUGUACCAGUUCCUGUCCGCCUUCAUCACCACGGGGAUGCGCUUCCUCCUCAACCAGCAGAUCUGCCCGGUCCUGAACCAUGCCGGCCUGGUCCUGCUCAACUCCGUCCUGGACACGGUGCCCGUGCGGAAUCCCGUGGACGACCACAUUGGGAUCGACUACUCCCUGCUGCAUGACCCCGCGGUCACGGCAAGCACCAUGGACCUGGCCUUUAAGGGCAUGUUCUUCCCCCUGCGGAGUGAGAACGCCUCGCUGCCCAACGCGGCCCCGGAGCCCGUGCUCAAGGAGACGGAGCGCAUGGUGUACCUGGCCGUCUCCGAGUACUUCUUCGACUCGGCCCUCUUUGCCUACUUCCAGGCCGGGGUCCUCAACAUGGAGAUUACGGAGGUGCCCAAAGACCUGGAGGUCCUGCUGAGAGCCUCGUUCUUUGGGAGCAUCGUCAUGAUGAACCCGGAGGUGAUGGACGCCCCGCUACUGCUGCGGCUGCAGGCCUCCUCGGCCCCUCGGUGCAGCAUCCAGGUCUCCGGGAUGUCCGUCUCCGUCACGGCCCUCUUCGACAUCUUCCUGGCCCCGCCAGAACAGCCCCUCGUCCAGCUCUCCAGCAUGACCAUGGAAGCCCGGAUGAGUGCCAAGGUGGCCUUGCGCCAGAAGGCCCUCCAAGUCCAGCUGGACCUCAGAAGGUUCCGGAUCUACUCCAACCAGUCGGCCCUCGAAUCCUUGGCGCUCAUCCCGCUGCAGGGACCCCUGAAGACGCUGCUGCAGUUGGCCAUCAUGCCCCUCAUCAAUGAGAAAACCAAGAAGGGCGUCCAGAUCCCGCUUCCGGAAGGGAUGGACUUCAUGAAGGAAGUGGUCACCAACCACAUGGGCUACCUCACCAUCGGCGCCGACCUCCAUUUCUCCAAAGGGCUGCGAGAGGUCAUUGAGAAGUACCGGACGCCCGCCUCCAUGGCCGCUUAAGGGCAGCCUCGGCCACACUUCCUUCCUCUCUUCCUCCCUUCCUUCCUUCUUUUCACCAGCACUUCCUCAGCUCAAAGGACCGAACCCACCCAGGGACCCCUCCUCACUCGAUUCGGGACCAAAAGCAGGCACGGCAAGGACGGCACGGCAAUGCCCGCAGCCCUGCCUCGGACCAAAACCAAUAAAGAAGUUUAGAUUUGA